CGCUGCCCCGCGGCGGGCCGGCGCACCGAGGCUUCGUCAAUGGAAGUAUGUUACCAGCUGCCCGUGCUGCCGCUGGACAGGCCGGUGCCGCAGCACGUCCUCAGCCGCAGAGGGGCCAUCAGCUUCAGCUCCAGCUCCGCGCUCUUCGGCUGCCCCAACCCCCGGCAGCUCUCGCAGAGACGUGGAGCAAUUUCCUAUGACAGCUCAGAUCAGACUGCGUUGUACAUUCGUAUGCUAGGAGAUGUGCGAGUAAGAAGUCGGGCAGGAUUUGAAACAGAGAGAAGAGGUUCUCAUCCAUACAUUGAUUUCCGUAUUUUUCACUCAAAUUCUGAAAUCGAAGUCUCUGUGUCUGCAAGAAAUGUGAGAAGGUUGCUUAGUUUCCAGCGAUACCUGAGAUCUUCCCGUUUUUUCCGUGGUAUCACUGUUCCAAAUUCUUCAAACAUUUUAGAUGAUGAUUAUAAUGGACAAGCAAAGUGUAUGCUGGAGAAGGUUGGAAAUUGGAAUUUUGAUAUUUUUCUUUUUGAUAGACUGACAAAUGGAAACAGUCUAGUCAGCUUAACCUUUCAUCUGUUUAAUCUACAUGGACUAAUUGAACACUUCCAAUUAGAUACGAUGAAACUUCGUAGAUUUUUGGUUAUGGUUCAAGAAGAUUAUCACAGUCAAAAUCCUUAUCAUAAUGCAGUUCAUGCUGCUGAUGUGACUCAGGCCAUGCACUGUUACUUAAAAGAGCCCAAGCUUUCUGAGUCUUUAACUCCAUGGGAUGUCCUGCUUAGUUUAAUAGCAGCUGCCACACAUGAUUUGGAUCACCCAGGCGUUAACCAACCUUUCCUAAUUAAAACAAAUCAUUAUUUAGCGGCUUUAUAUAAGAAUACCUCAGUAUUAGAGAACCAUCACUGGAGAUCGGCAGUGGGGUUGCUGAGAGAAUCUGGUUUAUUUGCACAUAUGUCAUUAGAAAACAGGCAGCUGAUGGAGAGCCAGAUAGGUGAUCUCAUUCUCGCCACAGACAUCAGCCAACAAAACGAGUACCUGUCCAUGUUCCGAUCCCAUUUGGAUAGAGGAGAUCUAUGUUUGGAGAACGCGAACCAUCGUCACUUCAUCUUACAGAUGGCUUUGAAGUGUGCAGAUAUUUGUAACCCCUGUCGGACAUGGGAGCUGAGCAAGCAGUGGAGUGAGAAAGUAACGGAGGAGUUCUUCCAUCAAGGUGAUAUCGAAAAAAAAUAUCACUUGGGUGUGAGUCCACUUUGUGACCGACAGACAGAAACUAUUGCCAAUAUCCAGAUUGGCUUUAUGACUUACUUAGUGGAACCACUGUUUGGGGAAUGGGCCCGUUUUUCCAACACGAGGCUGUCUCAGACAAUGCUUGGCCACCUGGGACUGAACAAGGCAAGCUGGAAGGGAGUGCAGAGGGAACAGUCGGGCAGCGGUGACGAUGUUGACCCCACUUUUGAGGAAAUGGACUCAGACAUUUUACCUCAGGAACCUCGAUUGUCCUGACCUCAAUCUCCAAGACAAAACUGCCUCUUCCCUCGGUAUCUGCACGGUUGGAUUCAAGGAGACACAUGCCAGCCCAAGGUUUUGGUAGAAUGGUAAAAUGAUGCCAGCAUUAUUUAUUUCCAAGUUUUCCUUUGACACAGACCAUUUGACCCAGAAUUUUUUUAAGCCGCCAGACCUGAACAUAGAGCAAUAUGCACCCGCCUCAGUUGGUUGUCGUUCGGAACCUUGAAUAUGCAAAGCACAGCAGCGACCGAGCCUCGGAGCAACGGGACGGAAGCGUCGCCGUGCCCCCUGGCUUGGGUUUUCUCAUGAUAUUUGGAAUACGGUCUUCAAAUCUAAGACUUGACAUGGAUUGUUCCACUCCCUUGGAAUUUAGCAAGACUUGCAUAAAUGUGUUCAAAGCAUACCUUCCACUCAGUCCCUGUUUUAAUACGGAAAUGUGAAGUGCCCAUCCUCUGCUGCCUCUGGCAAGACUCGAUGUUUACAAAUGUACUCUGAAACUGUCGGUUCUAGACUUAACCUUUGCGCAUGGCUGUGAAGGAACCACUAACUUGGGUUUUUUGCUUUUUUAAAAGAAAAAGAUCAAAUUUGAGACUGCAGCUCUUGUUUCUUUGGAUGCCAGAAAAGCCUCCCAUUUGCCAUAAUUUUGUUUGUGCACUGGGAACUGAGCAUUCAUCAUAGAGCACAGCCAAGCUUUACUCCAGUGCUGUAUGGGAAUGCAAUUUUUUAACAGCGAAAAAACACUUCUGAAUCUGGGAAGGGAAGGGGUGGGGGGGAAGCGUCCGAACUGCAUUGCGAUUCUGCAGUGGGAACAUCGCAUGUUGUUCUCACUAUUGUACACUUGAACUGCACAUGCAAGAAAAAGGUGGAAUGUCUAAACACCAUAAUCAGCUCAGGGUAUUUGCCAAUCUGAAAUAAAGUGGGAUGGGAAGCGUGUCCUUCAGAACAAGGGUACAAAUGCCCCUUUCGCUGCA